AUGUCGCAGCUCUCGGCACCGUCGCCUGAGCAUGCUCUGGUCGCAGAGCUUCUGUCUAACUCCGUCGCGGCGGAUGCCCGCGUACGGGAGGAAGCUUAUGCUCGCAUUGUAGAACUCGAAUCACGGCCGACCUUCCUGGCCACCCUCAUUGAUGUGGCAUACCUCGGCGACGCACAGAUCUCCAAACUGGCGUUUAUAUGCGCUAAAAAUGCUCUGGCUAGGCUACGAGGCUUUGCCGCCAUUCGGGCGGCCAGCGGUGUUGACGUUGAUUCAAUUGAUCCCGCCUUAAACAACCUCAUGGCCAAGCUGCUCUCCGUUUUUGAGGCGCACUUGAAAGACGAAACAAAGGUUAUUGGCAAGGAUUUCGCAUUGUUGGUACGCAAGAUUUCUCGGCGGUACUACCCGCAGAACUGGAUCCCCAUGCACGACCUCUUGGUCAGGGGCGUCGAGGCGGCACUCUCCGAUGCAGUCACUUCGACUCGCACCUUCAAUUGCAUCUUUCUGCUGUAUCACAUCUUCAAGGAAAAAUCUACGCUGCGCCUUAUGAGAGACAGAAACGAUGUAGCCAACUUGGCCGAAGUGUUGUAUCCCCUAGUGUCCAGGCUCUGGAUCAAGCACUGGUUGGAAAGAUGGUCUUCAGGUUCACUUGAUGCGUCGCAGUUUGCUUCGGUCAUUUCAAACGUCGAUUUGGAACUCAGUCGCUACCUGGACAGCCUGCUCAUCAUACUGUACACUCGCGGGUUGAGAAAUGUCUAUCAGAGGACCGAAUUGCUGGAAAUUCUAAAGCUGAUUUGGGUGAAAAUGAAGUUACACAUGUUUUUGCUGCAAAGUGAGCUCAGUUCCAAUGCACAACUACAGAAGAAUUCACGACGGCUUAUUCGUGGUUUUGCGGAGAUGCUAGACAAGGAGCCUAUGAUUUUCGCCUUCGUUGACCCUUCCUUGGCGCUCAACCCCAUAUUUGAUUACCUCGCGGUGGGAACCGUCGACGCAGUCAUAUCACAAUGUAUGGAAGUGUUGUGCACUGCUUUCAAGUCCCCUGUCGUGAACAACGACCGGUACAUGCACCAGUUUUACGCUCUGCACGGUGAAAGCGAUGGGCUGCGCACAUUACGUAAACCCAGAGAGGCGAAUUUCACGGUAUGCGCCACAUUCGACGAGAUGAAGUCACAAUGCGAAUUGGCAGCAUCGUGCACAAAGGGAGGUUCAGUAACAAGUUCUUUCAAAAAGGCUCUCAGCCCAAUGAAAGGAUCCUACAAUGCCGUUGGGAAUGUUGCCGAAAACAUGUCCCGGCAGGCCACUUUCUUAUUUUGGGAAUGCAUUUAUGCACGUGGGGGCGUGUUGCAGCUGUUGGACUUCCUGAGGGAUAAAUAUUUAACUUUGGACCCUGAAGCUAUUGCAGAGUGGAGCGAAGAGACGGUGCCCUUGGAUUCACCUCCACAAGCUCCAGCUCAGCCUGUGAUAGAGGCUAUGAAGGUGACUGGCCUACCUAUUCUCAACUGGGUGGCAGAAUCCAUCGUGGGAGUUGAUUGUAGAACCAACUUUCCCCAGCUGGACUCGUAUUUGCUUCUCUAUAGUAUAGCGUACCCCAGCAUCGCCAAUUAUCAUACAAGCAAACACUAUUUGACAAUAUUGGGGGCCUUCAAAAAGGCUUUGUCCGAGUUUGACGCGCCCAUGGCGAAGCUGCUCAUCUACAGGUGUAGCGGCAUAGUGAACGCGUGGGCUGAGCGCGUAAACCUUUUUGAGGAGCAAACCAAGAGAGAAAUUUUGCAUUACCUGGUAUCCUGUUUGUGUUGUGAGGGUGAUUCCAUAGCCUUAAUCAACUUACGUGCGCAGCACGUGGUUCCCUUCCAUUGCCUCUACAGCAAGACGGUUGACGAGCCAUUUUGGGACGUCCUGCGGCAGGGCACUAAUGCCCAGAGGAUUAUGGCAAGCCUCGCCACAAUUGCGAAAUUAAAUGCACCCGUCAUUCAGCACCGGUCAAUCGACUUGUUAUGCAAGAUGUGCCUCGAAUUCGAUACUGAGCUGAACAACUUUGGUCAUCAACUGUCUGAUGUGUUGGCGGUCUUGUCCGAUGGUCCCGGUGAUCUGCAACUUUCUGCGUCCCUCCUGCAAACGUCUCUCGGAUUUCUGAACUCAAUACAUUGGCGGCGCUUUUACGUGGAAGAAUCUACUCUUAACAGUCAUCUUCUACGGUUUCUCUUCCAUUUGCUUUUCCGCACUGUGGUAGUAGGGCCAGCCACGAACGACAAAGCAACGACAUCCUGCCAGCGCUUACUAAGUCUCUGCAAAUAUGCGGAGCUGGAGGAAGACUUGUUGAUGCUAUGGAUUUGUUUGCUUCGCGUGUUGCCUCGAACGGUCGACACAGUUGACCAGGAGAUGCUUAAUAAUGCUCUGAGCCUAUUUCCGCUCCUCAUCGCCUACCUCGCCGACGGUGAUCACGGUGGUGCGCCUGGCGAAAUGCGAGUAUCUUCGGUAUCACCGAUUGCCCUGGACGUCGUCAUCGAUUAUCUCGCGGUGGCGUUAGACUUAAGCAAGUUUCAGCUGUCGGGUGCACGACCGGCAACGGGGAUGGCUGACCCGUCGGUAGGUAUAUACGAGUCGUCAGGUGAGAUGUGGUUCCAAUUAAGAGCUACUGCAAGCCAUUCGGUUGCUUUUAGUCUGUACCAGUUGCAGCAGUUGUCUGUCGAGACUCUUAAACGCCCUGACGGUGACCCGUUGCGCCAGGGUGGAUUACGGUUGCUCAGCAUGCUGACUUGUGGGUUCGGGACGUUUUGUAUGUCAUCUGCCAACCUACUGUUUCACAUGCACGAUAUACUGUUGCAAUUUUUAGUUACACUGAAUGAAGCUGCCAUUUUGCCGGAAAAUGCGCCACAGGAGUACCAGCGUUCGGGGGUCGUGUGUCUCAAAAAUGGUUCAGGUGUGGAAUCUGCCUGUAUGUGGCAAGUAGCAACGGUUUCAAGCGAGGUGGCUAAUAAGGUGUCAUCUGUGAUCCCCGUGAUAUGCCGAUGGGGAUUCGAUGCGCCGGCCUCGUUCAGCGAGGCCGUCAUCCGCGUAUUAGGGAGCGGCAGGUUUUCUAGUAUGGAUGCCAUUAUUCUGUCGCUUUUACAUGUUUCCAAGAAGUUGGUAAACAACGCAUAUCUGAGGCUGGGGGCACUUGUAUGCUGCUGUCUACUUGUGAGCACGGUCGCAAGCCAUUACUCGGGUUUUAAUCUUUUCGUCCUGAACAGAGAAGCCCACAGCCAAAGCAAUGGCAGUGAAAGCGAUAAAGACGGUUUUUCGAACAACCCGCAUUCCGAUGUACAGGGUGUUUACCUUCCCUGCUAUUUGCUUCGGUUGGUCCAUCCGGUAGCUCCACUUUAUUUAGAUGCCAAAAGGGCUUUUUGUUUCUCCACGAUGAAGGCGCCACUAAUGGAAGGAGGGCCAACGUAUGUGUUACCACCUUCUAAACGUCUCCAUAUUUUUACCAACGUUUCUGCAACCUACCAGUCCACAAACCUCCCAGUUUUUGAUUUGUCACCGCAGGAGCUCUUCUUAGGCGCGCUGAAGUCCACCAUCAGCUGCAUCGUUAGCUUGUCACGAACGCUGAGCAACAGGGGCGUUACGAGAAGCGCGGAGCUCAUGCUCGCCGAUGGCGCUCGCCUACACGCGAAGCUCCGCGAGAUACUAGAAGGCUGUACCAACGGCGCAAAUUGA